GGUUUACUUUUUGAUACCAUUUUCAAUUUCGGUAAACUCUGAUGAGUAGAAAACAGCAUACCGUCUGUUUGGCUGCUGGGAAAAGCAGAGAGAAGAAAACAGAAUAGAUGAGAAGCCUGUGAUGGAAUGCCUAAACCCAGUUUCUCCUUCAGUCAACUUCUGUCACAGAUGGGUCCAAUCUCAGCAAAGGCCAGCAUGAGUGGUUGGUAUUGGUCCAAUUCAUAUGGAUGCCUGAGUGAGUGCACAGAAUUUUGUUGUAACAUCACAUCCGAGUGACCAGCCACCAUAGAUUGUUUGUAUGGUUGCACGUGCUAGUAAAUCAUCAAUGUAGUAUAUGAUGGAGGAAGGUUCUGAAAACAGUGAGCAACUGCUUGAUAAUGAGGGCAAUGACCUUGAGAAUGAGUGUGAACAAGUGCUUGAGAAUGAAGGAAAUGAUCUUGACAAUGAUUGUGAGCAAGUAUUUGAGAUUGAAGGCAAUGACCAUGAAAAUGUCACAGAUUUUGAUACAAGAAUAGUUGAUGGAGAGAAUGGCAUGUCUCAAGGGAAGAAUUAUCUCCCACCAGUUGUUGGGAUGGAGUUCGAGUCAUAUGAUGAUGCAUAUAACUAUUAUAAUUGCUAUGCUAAAGAACUGGGAUUUGCUAUCAGGGUGAAAUCCUCAUGGACAAAACGUAAUAGCAAAGAGAAGCGUGGUGCAGUACUCUGUUGCAAUUGUGAGGGUUUUAAAACAAUUAAAGAAGCAAAUAGUCGAAGGAAGGAAACGAGAACUGGUUGUCUGGCAAUGAUAAGGUUGAGGUUAGUGGAAUCAAACAGGUGGAGGGUGGACGAAGUGAAGCUAGAACACAACCAUUUAUUUGAUCCCGAAAGGGCUCAAAAUUCCAAGUCACAUAAGAAGAUGGAUGCUGGGGCCAAAAGGAAGGUGGAGCCGACACUUGAUGUAGAAGUACGAACAAUCAAGUUGUAUCGAACACCCGCCUUAGAUGCAAUGAGCUAUGGAAACUCAAGUUCUAGUGAAAGGGAAAUUAAUAAUCAUACGGAUCAGCCCAAGCGCUUGAACCUUAAAAAGGGAGAUGCACAAGUCAUUUAUAAUUAUUUUUGUCGGGUGCAGCUAACAAAUCCAAAUUUUUUCUACUUGAUGGAUCUCAGUGAUGAUGGGCAUUUGAGGAAUGUGUUUUGGAUUGAUUCUAGGUCUAGGGCUGCCUACGGGUACUUUGGCGAUGUGGUUGCAUUUGACACAGUGUGCUUGUCAAACAAAUAUGAAAUUCCACUCUUGGCAUUUGUUGGAGGAAAUCACCACGGGCAGCCUGUUUUACUGGGUUGUGGGUUGCUGGCGGAUGAGACACCAGAGACAUACAUCUGGUUAUUUAGGGCCUGGCUUACAUGUAUGUCAGGACGCCCUCCACAAACUAUCAUUACAGACCAGUGUAAGGCCUUGCAGAGUGCAAUUGCUGAGGUGUUUCCCAGGGCACACCAUCGUCUUUGCUUGUCACAUGUCAUGCAGAGAAUUCUUGAGAAAUUGGGAGACUUGCAGGAAAAUGAACCAUUUCGAACAGCAUUGAAUAGAACAGUUUAUGACUCUGUAAAAAUUGAUGAGUUUGAACUGGCUUGGGAAGAUAUGAUCCAGCGUUUUGGAAUCAGGAGUCAUGAAUGCCUUCGAACUUUGUACGAAGAUCGAGAAAGAUGGGCUCCAGUCUACUCAAAAGACACAUUUUUCGCUGGGUUGUCCACCUUUCAACAGGGUGAGUCCAUGAGCUCAUUUUUCAAUGGUUAUGUGCAUGAACAGACUUCUUUGAAAGAAUUUUUAGACAUGUACGAGUUUAUUCUACAAAAAGGGCAUCAAAAGGAAGCUGUUGAUGAUUUUGAGUCCAGAGAUUCAACCCCCACAUUGAAAACAAGAUGCUUUUAUGAGUUACAGCUCUCUAAUGUAUACACAAAAGAGAUAUUUGAGAAAUUCCAAGGCGAGAUUGAGAUGAUGUCUUCUUGUAUUAGCAUAACACAGCUCCAUGUUAAUGGGCCCAUAGUCACAUACAUAGUCAAAGAACGUGAAGGUGAUGUAAAUAUGAGGGAAGUUAGAAACUUUGAAGUUAUGUAUGAUAAAGCAGGAGCUGAGGUUCGAUGCAUUUGCAGUUGUUUUAACUUCAAAGGUUAUCUAUGCCGACAUGCAAUGUGUGUACUCAACUACAAUGGUCUGGAAGAAAUCCCACUUCAAUAUAUCCUGUCACGAUGGAGGAAAGAUUUCAAACGUCUAUACAUACCAGAUCUUGGCUCCAACAAUGUUGAUAUCACGAACCCAGUUCAGUGGUUUGAUCACCUGUACAGACGAGCAUUACAAGUUGUCGAGGAAGGUAUGACAUCUCAAGAUCACUACAUGGUCGCUUGGCAAGCAUUUAAAGAAUCUUUGAAUAAGGUUCGACUUGCAGCAGACAAGCAUGUAUGAUUAAAUUUCUAUAUUAAGCUGUAAAUUCAUGAUAGCAUCGAUUGUUGUUUCAGUCUUUUGUCUGCGAAGCUCACUGGGCGAGCUUCAGGGUGCUUCAGUGAAAUGAUUUUGAAAGUUUUUGGGAAGGUGAUGGGUUCAGGUUUUGCCCUACAGUCAUUGUAGGCAUUACAGAACAGAGGAAUUUCUUACUGGGACCUGCAAUUCCAGAAUCAUUUCAGUGAAGCACAGCCCAUGCGUGCCCAGAAACUGCCUUUUGCUUUUGUCCUUACAGCCUGUUCAUCUUCGUUGAAGGUGUUUUUUUGUACAUGAGGCCUUGUAAAUUAGCCGUGGUGCAAGCCUUUCUGUAAGGCUGAACUGGUCAUAUGCAGUUGAAAUAUUCUUUUCUUUUGAUC